AUAAGUCUAUGGUAUAAACAGUGCUCGAAAGAUGCUACGGAGCGGGCGAUAUCAGCUGAGCGGGAACGGACUCACGCACGGUUAGAUAAACAGCGCAUAAAGCUCGACUCAGAGUUUCAUACAUCGGCGAGGCGAUCGGAGGUAGCCGUGUGUAGAACCAUUUCUCCGUUCAGAACCGUGCGAGUUGUAGAAAAGAAAAGACAAGAAAAAAUAAACGCGACAUCGCGAUCGUUCCGAGUCGCAACGAUGCGACGUGUGUUGAUGGAGUAGCGCAUUCGUCGCAGGAUCGUCGAAUAAGAGGUUAUUAAUAUAAAUGCCCUAACAGAGAAGGACGAGAAAAUAAAAGAAACUCGCCCGAACCGUUACUUACUUCGGGUAUUUCAAUUCUCCGUCUCCCGUCACGAUUCGCGAAUGAUUUUGCUCGGCGCGUCAGGACGAAUAGAGUACCCCUUUUACUCGCGGAGAGACGAGAAAGCUGUAGCGGCCUUUUAAUCGACCUGAACCGACCAGAUCCUCGUCUCAUCUCAUCUCCGGCGGUGAAACUUGGCGGUGAUAAGUGGCGUUGCAACAAUUCUGACGAAAUAUACAUGCCUGCCAAGGCGUGUACGUGUUCGUAGUAGACACACUCGCGUUCGCGUUGCGAAAUUUUUAAAUUUCGCGCGGUUUGAGAAGUUCUUUUUUUCCAAGUAAAGAAAAAAAAAAAAGAAGAAAAAAAAAAUUACAAUUAUAUAAAUAAAUAAAAGAAAAUAAUAAAAGUAAAACGGAAAGACUUCACGUGCGUUGGUGAAACGGAAAUCAGAAUCAAGAUGAAGCUCGAGGGGAACAGCUCGAGAGACGACGACUCGAACGGGAUAUUAUUGCAGCCGAGAAAAGGCUCGGUCAGACUUCAGAUCCUCCCAGCUCAGCCAAAGACCAUAACCCAUCUUCCGAAGAGGCCGCCCGUUGAUCUCGCGUUCACUGACCUCACCUACAGGGUUCGAGAAGGACGAAGAAACAAUGUAAAAACCAUAUUAAAAUCCGUCAGUGGACGGCUGCGGUCUGGAGAAUUGACCGCAAUCAUGGGUCCAUCGGGUGCGGGAAAAUCGACGCUACUCAACAUCCUCACUGGAUACAAAACAACAGGGAUGGAGGGCAGCAUAACGAUGAACGGACACGAGCGGAAUUUGAGUGCGUUUAGAAAGCUCUCUUGUUACAUUAUGCAGGACAAUCAGUUGCACGGAAAUCUGACUGUGCAGGAAGCGAUGAAGGUUGCGUCGAACUUGAAGCUUGGCAGGAAUGUGACCCGAGCUGAAAAGGAAAAAGUGGUGAAAGAGAUCCUGGAAACACUUGGACUUGCGGAGCACCGACAUACCAUGACCUUGAACUUGAGCGGCGGUCAGAAAAAAAGACUCUCAAUUGCACUCGAGCUGGUCAACAACCCGCCGAUUAUGUUUUUCGACGAACCGACCAGUGGACUGGACUCCUCGUCCUGUUUUCAAUGCAUAUCACUGCUGAAGACUCUCGCUCGUGGAGGACGAACCAUCGUCUGCACGAUACAUCAGCCCAGUGCAAGACUCUUCGAGAUGUUCGAUGCUCUUUACACGCUUGCCGAAGGCCAAUGUGUCUACCAAGGAUCAUCGUCGCAGCUCGUUCCGUUCCUCGGUUCUCUGGGCUUGAAUUGUCCAAGCUACCACAAUCCCGCUUCAUUCAUUAUCGAGGUUUCCUGCGGAGAAUACGGAGACAAUAUUAGAAAUUUGGUCAACGCCAUUGACAAUGGAAAACGAGACAUCAGAACCGGAUACCAAUUUCCUGCGGUCGGCAAACCGGAGACUCUUAACAAUACGGUCUCUAACAAUGACAGCAAAUCCACCGACGUAAUUAACAAAAACGAUGCCAAUAACGUCACAGAAAAGUUCAAUGAAAGUUCGAAAAACAACGGUACCAUCGGUUUCGUUAUUCCGGGUUACGCCUGCAACGACAUACCGAAAGAGAGUCAAGUGACAAUACCAAUCGGCAUAGAGAAGAAGGAAAAUGUUACAACGGCGCUACUCGAUCAGGGCCUCGCCGUUACCCCAGAAACAUAUCCAACCACGGAAUUGGUACAGUUUUGGAUAAUAUUGAAGAGGACACUGCUUUUCAGCAGACGAGACUGGACUCUGAUGUAUCUUCGACUCUUCGCUCACAUUCUUGUGGGAUUCUUGAUCGGCGCACUUUACUGGGACAUCGGUAACGACGGUGCCAAAGUUCUGAGCAAUCUCGGUUUCUUGUUUUUCAACAUGUUGUUCCUAAUGUACACAUCGAUGACAAUCACCAUUCUAUCUUUCCCUCUAGAGAUGCCUGUUUUGCUCAAGGAGAAUUUCAAUAGGUGGUAUUCCUUGAAGUCGUACUACUUGGCGAUCACUGUUUCCGACAUUCCAUUUCAGGCGAUAUUCUGCAUCAUCUACGUGAGCAUCGUUUAUUUCAUGACGAGCCAACCUGCGGAGGUGAUGAGAUUCAGCAUGUUCCUCGGAGCCUGUUUGCUGAUAUCGUUCGUCGCUCAAUCCGUUGGUCUGGUAGUCGGCGCAGCAAUGAACGUCCAGAACGGCGUGUUCUUAGCUCCGGUGAUGUCGGUACCGUUCCUUCUGUUCUCAGGCUUCUUUGUCAGUUUCGAUGCCAUACCGAUAUACCUCAGAUGGAUUACUUACCUGAGCUACAUCAGAUACGGUUUUGAAGGCACCGCAUUGGCCACCUAUUCAUUUGCUCGUGAAAGGCUAAAGUGCUCUGCUAUUCACUGCCACUUCAAAAGUCCUCAGAUAACUCUUCAAGAGCUAGACAUGGAAGACGCAGACUUUACGCUGGAUAUUCUCGCCCUGCUAUUGAUAUUCGUCCUGCUACGUAUAGCAGCAUUUAUUUUCUUACGCUGGAAGUUGAAGAGCACCAGAUAGAGAAAUAUGAAUUCGUCGGUCCCUUUGAGGGAACGAGAUAUACCUAACAUAAUAAAUUAUCAUCCGUAUGCCGAGAGUCGAUAUUCAUCUUUAACUCCGGCAUUCAUACUCGCCCUAAAUUCAGACACAACCAUAAUGUAAUAGUGAUAUACAGAGAGCUGAUUUGACGAGUAUAAUUGAAGACUUCGUUGCGUUGUCUUUAUUGUUAUUGGUUUUUUUAUUUUUUUAUUUUUUUUUUUUGUUCAAUUCCUUAUUUAAGUUAAUCCUUAGGUUAUAGCGUAGAGCUUGUGUACGGAAGGAAACUAACAUAAUUUAUUUAUCUCAAUACUGAUGUUAUAGUCAUAAAAAAUUGAUCACAUAAGCAUUCGCUUGUUCAGGGUAUUUUAGUUUUCCUCUCUUUUUCCCCAUUUUUAUUGUUAUACUCGUUAGUCUUUUCUUUUUUCUUUUUGUUACUCUUACUGUGUUACUCGUCAAGGCAUUGUUUACUCACACAUCAUGAGUCCAUUAUUUAUCUCUGCUUGUUUUGUAGAGAAUGGGAUUGCAGAAUAGAAAGAAUGAAGUAAAAGGAAUAGAUCGACGACCCUGAAUGGUUGAGACAUCGCAUGCAAAAUAAAUGUUACUGUGAAAAUUUACGCGAAAUGAUUAUAAAUAAGUGCCUCUGGACUAGCUGAAGUUGGGUAGAUUUAAAUAAAACUCAGUUAACAAACGGAAUAAUUUGGUGCAUCACGUAACAUAUAAUAAUAAAUCACACAGGGGCUUUGAAAAGUAUAGAAGUAUUCAAUUUUUUUAAUUUGUCGUUCUCCGUUUAAAGUUUAACUCUUUGACAUUACUGACUUUUUGCGAAAUUGCGUAACGUUACUAUCCACCAAUGGCUGUGAUUGUGAAAAUUGAAGUGGAAAUGAAAUGAAAAUUAAUGUGUAAUAAUUGUAGUAAGAAAUUUUCUCAAAUGAAUUAUACUACUAAAUCGUAAGAAAACUGCUCAAUGAAGAAAAAGAGGGAGAAAUAGUAAGCUUAUAUAUUAUCUUGCCAGGUUUCGUUAACUUUUACGACCAAAUACCGUCAAUUUAUGUAACGAGUCACACUAAUAACUAACCGUUAAAUAAUUAUUAAGCUAUCAAUAAAUUCUCGCCACAGCGAUGAGGAGGGGAGAUGGAGACGCGAUGCCAGACAACAAAGCGUUAUUUUCAUACCCUGCUUCUACCAGUAUAUUUUAUGUCCUCGUAUUAGACAAAAGAUUUAAGUAGACGUCGAAGAGACCGAUGAACUGGUUUUUUUUUUCGUAAUAGUAAAUUAAGGGUUUUGAUAAAACAGACAAACAAUUCGACCAAGCGUUUUAGAUGCAUCCACGUGAAUUUACUAUUCGUCCGUAAAAUAUGAAAUUAUAUGAACAAAAUCACUUAGCUAUUAUUUGAUAUGAAGUAAAUGACAAUUGUAUAGGUUUCCGUGUAUGUGUGUUGUACACUUAUAUACACCCGACGCAUUGAAUGCCAGAUAUUUGUGUUAUAUGCCUAAUAAUUUUUAUGAUAUUUUACAAUAGUUAUUAAAUGAUAAGACAUAUGCAUAUAUAUAUAUACCAUUUGUUAAAAAUAAAACUUGUCUGUUUUUUUACGUAAA